AUGCAGCCAUCGUGUAGCAGAACGGUGCUCCGUCACAAGCAUCAGGGGGUGAAUGCAACAGCCUCAGCAGCGGCAGCAUCUGAAAAGAAGUUACGUGAACUUGAGGGGGUGUUACGGCACCGCGAGGAUUUGAUUCGUUCGCUUGAAGGGGCCGUUGCUCAGCGAGACUCUGCCUUAUCGUUUGUGUUGAAGGAGAAAUUUCAUCUCUCCAAAGCGAUUGUUGCAUCUCGUGCUGCGGCUUGUCAAUCUUCAGCUGGGGAGAGCUGCAGCAGCAGCAGCAGCAGCAGCAACUGCAGCAACAGCAGCAGCAACGGCAGCAGCAGCACCAGCCAACCAAAGGCGCCAUCAAAACCGGGAGGAGUUUCUUUUGCUCUCCCUGCUGCAACUAUGCUUGUGCACGAGCAUGACGCGUUUCCUGCUUCUUCUGAGGGCUGCAGCAGCAACUCUGAGCAGACACGUGAGUGUGGAGAUGAUGCUUGCGAGUCAAAUAAAGAGGCUGCAACAGGAGAACUCAGCAGCACUUCAACAGACGGGGAGGUGCGCGCAUUGCAGCAAGCGGGAAACGCUUCGCUGGAGGAGUUAAAAACUCAAAAGAGGGAGCCUCAACUCGCAGCACCAAGUGAAUCAGAUGAGGGAAAGCAAACAAAUACAUCCGUCAGGACAGAAGGGUCCUUGCAGGCUGCCAAUCUUCAUGCGAACCCAUCUGCUGCUGAUGAGGGUGAUUCUAUCAGGGGAGAUCGACAGAAGCCUUCAUUUGGAGAGUCUGAAUUGAAAGUUUCAGCUAGCAAUACAGACGAAAAGGAGUUCAACGGCAUGCAGACAAAAGAGGCUGCUGCACAUCUCGUCACUGAAGGCAAAGGCGAUCUGCACUGCUGCAGAGAAAUGAAACCCCCUGUGCAUUCCAAGGCUUUGCUGGCAGACGCUGCUGCCUACCUCGGGUCAAAUGGGUGGCGGCUCAGCAAAAACUGUCUCGUGAAGUUGAAGGACAAUGGAGGCCUCUCGUCUACAGCAGAUGCAGAGGGGUUCCCUUCCACCUGCACUUCCUUUGAUGAGGAGGCGCAUGGCCUCUCUGAGCAGCAUGGGAGUGAGAAGGCGUCUGCAGGCGGAGGGGAGAAACGUGAGGCGACUUUUUUUUGUGAGGAGGUGAAGAAUGGGGGAGAGGAAGGAGAAAAUGCUGCUUCCAUCCUUCAGCCCAUAGACGCCCGAGAUACGCAAAGCGGCAGCAAGUUCCAGGCGGAGCUCUUUUUCAAGGCGUUGUUGGUUCAAACUCAAGCCAUGAUUGACGCGGAGGCGGAAACCUCUGACGUUCUGGAGAUGCAAGAAGAGUUGUCGACCAAAAUCGACGUGUUGCAGAAUGCAUUCGAAGAGAUUUGCCAAGAGUUAGAUGCCGUCAGAAAAGAAAACAGAGCACUCUCACAUGCGCGCAAGCACGCUGGCAGUUUGAGCGUGGCAUUCACGCCGGAGCGCUCCUAUUCACCAGAUACUUCUCACGAGUUCGCCAUGGUGACUCUAAGAAGAGCUACUGCUGCAUUUUACCAGUGGGCAAGUGCCACCUUUUACAAUAUGAUCCUGGGUGGUGUUGUUCAGAGGGGCAUUAGUAAAUUGUUCGCAGAGGACUUCUGA